AUGGCGAAGGAGUUCCAGUUCCACUGGAAACCGCCCAUCCCGGCUCUUCUCCAGCAGGGCUCGUGCUUCGAUCGAUACGAUGACGUAAGUCUUUUGUGUUUUUGCCGACGGCACGACGAAAAAGAAAAGAAAAUAAAAUAAAAAGACUGAUAACAGCGAUUUCGUUUUGCCGAUUUCCUUUCGCCUUUAAUUGCCCGACAAAGAGGGAAACGGUCAUGAUCUUUCGGUGCUCUUUCUGUGAUUCUAGAGAGCCCCUCGAAAUUGCGGGUAAUUUGGAGCUCUGUUGGUGGAGAAAAGAACGAAAACGAAACACUCGCACACAAAUUAAUCCGUUUUUGAGUGAUAGAAAGAGCAAAAGAUAAUGAGAAUUGGGGGAAGACAGGCGGCUGCUGACGGCAGGGGCCGUCGCUCGUUGCUCCCGGCCUGAUAACGAGAAAAGAAACGUAUCGAUCGAAUCGGUUAGCUUUGUUGUUUGGAGCUGAACGUACACGUGACUAGAGUGAAUGAAACUAACUUUGCCAACAUCAGAAUCUCGAAAAAAAAGCCACGUCAUAUCUUUUCCCUGACUGAUAAUUGCAUCAUCGCAUCAUACAUUCUCCGAAAACGUAUACAUGACACCGGAAACGGCGGCAGCGAUGACGGCAGGGACACACACUUUCGAAACAAACGCAUUUUCAGGAGAGCACGUGUCUCGAACUGAACGCCCAGGUGCGCGUCGACGAGUAUGGCUUCUUCCUCUACUGGCUCGUCGAGGGAAAAGAUGCCGUCGUGCUCGACAUGGGCCAGAUCUGGGAGGCGCGGCCCGCCGGACUACCCAAAGACGGACGGAUAAUGUUCGAGCUGGAACAGCGCGGCGCACGAGAGACGAUCGAGGAGCGGACGAUUUGGGUGACGCACGGGCAGGAUCUGGUCAAUGUGCAGUCGUUCUUUCUUGUGGCUGACAGUGUGGAAGCGGCGAGGACGUGGAAGACCGGCAUCAAUGACAUUCUGAAAAACUCGAGAAUCCGACACGUGUGUCCAACAACACAAUUGUUAAAAUAGUAAGUGAAGAAUAGAAGUUCCAGUUUAAAACUGCAGCUUUCAGUUGGAAAUGGCUCACAUUGAAUGUAAACGAACGACGGAAAAUCCCGAUCAAACUGAUCAUCAAGACGUUCUCGUCGGGCAAGCCGGAGAAGAUGGUGCAGAAGUGUUUGAACGAUCUGGGCCUCGGCGGCGACAAGGUAAGGUCCCUUCUGUUUCGCCUGAUUGUCUGUUGUGCUGUGCUCUGGAUCUGGAUCUGAAUCCUUCCUCCUCCUACUUCUCUCUUCCGCUCUCUUCUAUCCGUGCACAGCACAGCAUGCCCCUAAAUAGACGUUCUCUCUCUCUUUUUCGUUCUGUUCUGCAUCCCGUGGUGCUCGUCUCUCCGUGUGCAACCUUUCUUUCUAGUACACCCCAGUCAGAGUGAUCAACCGGUCGAUGGGCAAGAAGUUUCGCAAUUUCUACAAGUGCAGCAGAGGCAGGAAACGAAAGGUUUGACAUGUUGUUCUUUUGUUGUGACAUUUUGAUGUAUUGCAUGGUCGCAUUUUCAGAUGUCUCCUUUUCGAACUAAUGCUGAACUCAACGCGAAUUCUUUUCAGGAACGGGAAGAGCUCGAUGUCGAGAUCUUGACUUUCGAGAAGUUUCUGAGGUUGUACAACAAGAUUUGUCCGAGGACAGAGGUACAAGAGCUGUUUGUUAAAUUGUAAGUUUCAACCUGUUUUCUUUCCUGUGUAGAGUUCAAUUUUGACUAGUUCAGAUCUGGCCAAAAAGAGUACCUAACCAAAGACCGUCUCAUCAACUUUUUGAACGACGAACAGAGAGAUCCACGUCUCAAUGAGAUUCUUUUCCCGUUCUUCGAUCCUCCCCGAACCGGCCAACUCAUAGCCAAAUACGAGACGGAUAACAAUUACAUUGAAAACGGAAAGAUGUCCGGAGACGCGUUCCUUCGCUUUCUGAUGUCCGAUGAAAACCCGCCGGUGUUCCUGGAUCGGAUCGAGAUGUACAUGGACAUGGAACAGCCGCUCUGCCAUUACUACAUCAAUAGUUCACACAACACGUACCUGACCGGAAGGCAGUACGGUGGAAAGUCCUCUUCCGAGAUCUACCGCCAAGUUCUCCUCAGCGGAUGCAGGUGUAUUGAAUUGGAUUGUUGGGACGGCACGGGCGAGAACAAGGGAGAGCCGAUCAUUACGCACGGAAAGGCCAUGUGCACGGACGUCUUCUUCAAAGACGUUCUCUUUCAAAUCAGAGACACCGCGUUCGCCCGCUCGGACUUUCCCGUCAUUCUCUCGUUCGAAAAUCAUUGCUCAAAGUCUAAUCAAUUGAAAAUGGCAAAGUAUUGCAUGGAGAUAUUCGGGGACAUGCUGCUUUCGAAGCCUUUCGAUGAUAACCCGGUAAUUGCCGAUUACUUCUAAUUUUUCUUAUUGAUUCGAAUUUCAGCUGGAGCCAGGAGUCUCGCUCCCUUCUCCGAAUAGACUACGCCGCAAGAUUAUGAUCAAGAACAAAAGGCUGAAGACCGACAUUGAAAGGCAUCAGCUGGAGCAGUUCUUGAGGGAAGGAAAACUCGACGAGGAGGACGAGCUGAAUGAGACGCCCGAGGUGGUUGGAGAGGAUUCUGUCUCGCCACGUAAGUGCUUUUCCUUUUCGCAUCCGCCAUUUCCGAUUUCUCUAUCUCUUUUUUGUCAUCUGUCGGUACUAUCUGAACUUUCAACUAAUCUAACAUUCACAAUAAUUUCGACUAAUGCAAUCAAAUUUCAUAACUGAGUACAUGGAAAAUUUCAGUUUCAUUUAUUUACUAACUUCAAGUUCUGUGACGCUUUUUUUAUUCGAUUUUCGAUUCAUUUGGGAUCGAUUUGAUUGCCAGCUUUUCGUCCUGCUACCGCUAUUAACAUCACCGCUUUAUCACCCUUCAUCCCUUCUAGCAGUCAUCUCUUUCCCCUCUCGAACUAAUCCGGUCACCCACCAAUAUUCACAGGCAGCGGUGGAAGUGGCGCCACGGUCGACGGCGCUGGCGCUCCGGACGACGACGACACUUCGGACGACGACGACGAUCCGUCGGUGCAGACGUCGUUGAAUGUGGUGCGAACCGUGCCUCUCGUUAGUAGUGGCAGCAGCAACAAUGGCUCGAACCGUAACUGCUCGGGUCGCAGCUCUCUGGACACGCCCUCUCCGGUUGGCUCGGGCGGCGGCGGCAGUCUGACCGUCCCGGACCGGGGAGGCACUCCCACUGGCGGCUCCGUCUCGACCGCCUCCUCGAUCAAGAACGCGGUGCUCGCGAGAUCGCCCAACUUCUCGUCGCUUCGACAGAAACUUUCGUUCAAACGAAGACAAUCGCCAUUAGGUAGGCCCCUUUAGAAAGUGUCCGGAGCAUCUUCAGCCGCAUGCCUUCUCUCUUUUGCAUGCCGUUUUUCUGCGCACACACACGCACCCACCGCUUCUUUUAAUUUCCACUAACCAAAGCAAUUGUGCCAAAAGAAACAAAAGAAAGUUGUAGGUAUCAUGCCUUUUCGAAUUCUCUCUUUGCUACCGUGAGGAAAUGAUUUGAAAAUGAUUGAUGUUGUAAAUAAGUGAUUACAUAUGUAUUGUACCGUCAGAAAUUAUCAAAUUUGCCUCAUUUCUCUCUAAUGCAACACUAUCAAAGCUUCUACUGAAGAAAAUGAAAAUGCAUGAGAUGUGCAUAUCUCACUAAGUCAGAAAUUACACAGAGUAAAGUAUUUUUGAAAAGGUUUACAAUAGGGAUGCAGAACAGGCGCAGGCGCCUAAAAUCGCCUAUUUUGCAUCCCUAGUUUACAACUAAAGACAAUUCUGCGUAAAUCUAUUGUGUACUUCUAGUACGUCCAUCGUCAGCAAUAUGCAUCAUUCUCGGGUCUCGUCGCGACAUCUCCUUCUCCUCCUCUCCUCUCCUCUUUCUAUUAUCUAUUCUCUUGCACACACUGUCGUUUUUUGAUUGUUUUGCAGCGGGCGAUCAACGUGCCCAUCCGGAAGUAGAGCCCGUCAGCGCUUCUUCGCCGGCGACGCCUUCGAUCUGCGGCCCGCCGCCGUGUGGAACGUCUUCCGCUUCUGCUUCCGCCUCCUCGAUCACGAUCACGACGACCGGAUGUUCGGUGCCUUCUUCGUCUUCUUCCGCAAAGGCGGGCACGCCGGCUGGUAAGGCAUCCCUUUCUCCCCCGUAUCUAACUGGUUUCUCUUCCCUUCUCCCCCCUUCCUGCAGCUUUUUCUCUUCCUUUUCCCUCCUUUUUUCUCUAUAUUUUCCGGCUGAACGCGUGCCAAUUUAUUCAUUCCGAGCAGCUUACACUCGUGAUUUUUCCAUUUUUCGUUUUAACUUAAAUCAAACCGAAUCGUAGUAGACUGAUCAUAUAAACAACCGGGAUCAGAAUAUAGAAUCUAUCGCUUCAUAAUUUUGAAUUUUUCAGGUGACAUGCCGGUGAAGGAGACAGACGAGGCGCAUCCCGAAUUGAAGCAGAACUUCAUCGCAAAAAACUUGAAAGGAUUUGGUUUUUCGAAGAAACAAGUAAGUGGGCGGGGCUUGGAACUCUUCUAAAACAUCUCAAGACUCGUCGACAUCCUCUUCUUCUCUCUGAUUCGACUUGCUUGCGUUUGAAGUGUCUAAUUUCUGAUUUCUGAUUGAUCCGAUCCGUUGCUAAUCUAUAUCUCCGUAGAAUAUUUCUCUGUUUUCCGCUUCCGAUCCAUUCUGAUUUCUACUAACUAUCACUUUCAGCAGAGUUGAUUUUUUUGUCAAGCAAAAAAGAAAACAGAGUAAGAAACGAACGAGAAAGAAACGAAACAAAUUCCCACAGCCUGACACCUUGCUAACCGCAUCACCAACACCAUCGUGCUCCUCGAUGAUGAUGACGAUGUCGACGACGUCGGCCACUCAGAUGACCACCAUCACCAUUAACUCGCCGCAACAACAACUGCAGCCGAUGGAGCGGUCGCGCAGUGAGAAACGCUCGUUCCGCCAGAAGAAGGGCGUGCUCGGCGACGAAUUACACUCCGACUCGGCCGCCCUCAUCGAUUUCAUGCGGACGGCGUCGAGCCGAAAGAAGAAGGUUCGGGAGAGAAAGAGUCCGAGAGAGCGAGUGAGAGCAGAAAAUGAAUGAGCAUGAAGGAAUGGAAUGAUUUGGUGUAGACCACUUUCAGUUUGACAUGAGACAUGACCAGUCACUAACCGAUUUCGUUCCUUUUUUAUUGAUAGAAAUAACGUUCCGGAUGAGAGCAUUACUUGAGCUCUAUCGCUCAAGUUUCACUGUAGCUUGAGCGAUGAAGCGUGAAGACGAACAUGAUAGAAUAAGAAAAUAUCAGUAAGAAUCUAAAAUUGAGAAUCAUCAAAAGGUUGUCUUCUCCUUCUCCGUCACCUUUGUGCCUUCUUCUUCUACCGUCCGUCUUCUCAACCACACAUUUGUUCCUUCCGGCACGGUUCUGUUCCGCAUGCAACAAUAUUAUCAAUCAGCGCUUUUUUCCUCUUCCUCUCUAUUCUUAUUGUUAAUCACCAACGUUUCCAUUCACACACAUCAUCCUAAUCCAACCUUUUCCAAUAUUCCUCUCUUCCUUUUUCUCUUUUUUCCAUUUUCUAACCUCGAAUAACGCUUUUAUUCAUACUUUACCCCUUUUUUUUUACCUUUCAAAGUGUCCAUACUCCCGUAUUACCAUUGACCGCCGGGCUGCACUAAUCCACUCUGUUGGCUCCGAAUCGUGGUAUGUGAACGCGCUGCAUUGUGAAUUCACAGUGGAGCUCAUUUGCAUUGCGAUCGGGUCAGACAGUCUGCGUAACCAGUAUGUCGAUUCACCAAUGUUCCCCAGUAACUCCAUCGAAAUAAUCAAUGCUUACGGUGUUGUCGUUUAUGUUCGAAACCCAACCAGUUUUUGAUGAUGAUCAACUUUAUUUUUUCGGAUUCCGUUACCCCUUAGAGAAUUGACAUCAAAAACCGGGGAUUCCCGUAGAAAUGGCGAGAAGCCCAGUGAGAACAAGUUCACGUUUCAGCCGGUUUUGACGAAAGAAGAGGAGGAACGGAUAUUCGCCGAGUAUCACUACACGGGCGCCACCACCAACAUCCAUCCGCUGCUCUCUUCGCUCGUCAAUUACACGCAUCCCGUCAAGUUCUCCGGGUUCGAUGUCGCCGAAGGUUCGUGUGCGAGCACGCCCACGCACACAUUCAUUCAAAUUGCUUUCAGCCAACAACCUGCACUUCCACAUGUCCUCGUUCUCCGAAUCCACCGGCCUCGGGUACCUGAAGCAGUCGGCUCCUGAAUUCGUGAACUACAACAAGAGGCAGCCGAGCAGAAUAUAUCCAAAAGGAGCGCGAGUCGAUUCGAGUAACUUCUUGCCGCAAAUCUUCUGGAAUGCGGGAUGUCAGAUGGUCUCCCUCAACUUCCAAACGCCCGACGUCUACAUGCAAUUGAACAUGGGAAAGUUCGAGUACAACGGAGGCUCCGGGUAUCUUCUAAAGCCAGAUUUCCUUCGGAGACCCGACAGGACGUUCGAUCCAUUCUCGGAGAGUCCCGUGGAUGGAGUGAUUGCAGCGCACUGCAGUGUCCGCGUGAUAUCUGGACAGUUCCUCUCGGAUCGAAAGAUCGGCACGUACGUCGAGGUGGAGAUGUACGGACUGCCCACAGACACUAUCAGGAAGGAGCACAAGACGAAGGUGAUCCCCGGAAACGGGUUGAAUCCCGUUUACAACGAGGAUCCAUUUGUGUUCCGGAAAGUAGUGCUGCCCGAGUUGGCAGUGCUCCGGUUCGCCGUUUACGAUGAAAACGGAAAACAGCUGGGACAGCGGAUCCUUCCGUUGGACGGUCUUCAAGCAGGAUACAGGCACAUCUCCCUGCGAUCCGAUACGAAUCAGAGCUUCAUUCUCUCCCCGGUGCUCUUCGUGCAAAUCGUCAUCAAGACCUAUGUCCCGGAUGAGUUGAGCGGUGAGUCGGGAGCGAGAGAGAGAGAGAGAGAGAGAGAGAGAGAGAGAGAGAUACAGAGAGAGAGAGAGAGAGAUAGAGUGAGAGAGAGAGAGAGAAAUAAGAGUAGGGUCGGAAUGUGAGAAGUGAUGGCUAAUUGGGACCGGACAAAUAUCCUCUUUCCAGGCCUUGUCGAUGCGCUUGCCGAUCCGAGAGCUUUCCUUUCCGAGCAGAAGAAACGACAAGAAGCACUCGCUCAUAUGGGAGUUGACGAUAGCGAUAUUCCUGAGGUAUUUACAUAAAAACUAAAACAAAAUAACUACUAGCAAAUGAUUCUAGGUCCCAAACAUGAAAAACGCGGCUCUGCGAAACAUGAAACAGCCGCCGAGACAGAACGGAUCUUCAGCCGAUCUGCUGGCGAACAACUCUGCUCCAGGCACGGCGCGAAGCGAACAGAGCGCAAUGUCUUCGAGCACCGUCCGAUCGCCCAAUGAUCAGCCAGUGCCAGUGGCCGUCGAUAAGUUCAAGGUGAGUUGGGAGGGCACUUAUUGGUUGGCUUGGGACUAUCAUGAAUCGGUUCAAAGACACUUGCCAAACUGACGCGAACCUUCACGCGAAAAGCCACUUCCGCUCCUCCUGGCCAUCCGAAAAUCGGAAUCGGACAUCCACCGCCCGGCACGACCGCUCCUAAGCCGACCACUUCUGUCGGGGCGCCAGAACGUCUUCAGGUUACACAGAAAAGAACAUUCUAGCCGCCGUUUUACUCUUUUUUUUUCUACGCCCCCCCCCCCUUUAAGCACCCGAACGAAUGAAAGACCACUAGUUCCCUUAUCACUCUGACUUGUAAAUCAAAAACAAACGGACUUUCAGGUGGAUCCGAUCGAAGUGGACGAUUUGCGACGUGACAAAGCGUUCGGGAAACUGCUCAAAAAGUUCCAGAAGGAUUUGGAUGACCUACGAAAGAAGCAUCAAAAACAGAGGGACAGCAUCCAGAAGCAGCAGGUAAUCCCCGUCGGCCCGUUUCCCUCAAUUCGCUUACCCCCACCCCCACUAACUCUCCUUUGUCAGCUUUUGGCAGAAAUUAAUGAAAUAGAACCAACUAGACACUUCCCAUUAUAAUGUUUAUUUAGCCGGCACGUCGCCGUAACUCGUCUAUAGCCUGGAUCGUAAGUUUAUGGUGUUCCGAUUCAAAUAAAGAAAACGAAUUUAAAACAAUUCAAUGUCUCCGUUGUGCUCGGAAGUAUCUGCCCAUUAAAUGUGAACUUCUUCUGGGCCCCUCAAUCCGUCUUCGAUUUGGUUAAUCAGCUUGAAGGAGAUCUUCUUACUAUUCUUCAUCUUCUUCAUUAGUUUUCCGCUUACUUUGAGUUUCUUUUCCACCCGUCUCCAGUCCGUCCCAUCUUGAGAUUGUCCGUCCGUUCGUCCGAAGUGGAAUCUGCUUUGUGUGCCACUGCUAACCGGAGUUCCAAAGCAAACGAGCCCUUCUCUCUUCUGUCCAUGUCCCUCUAAUUCUGUUGCAGUCAGUCAGCUUACAUCGGGUUCCCUUCUCAUGUGUCUCCUCCUUCCUUCCAAUCCUGCAUGACUUUCAGCAAACAAACGUCGACAAACUAAUCACAAACAAUCGGAGAUCGACGAAGAAAGAGAAAGGAUCGAGGAGGUCGCUGACGGCUUCGGUGUCCAGCGGAUGCGGCAGUUCCGCCGGCGGGACCGUCACCACUUCGACAGGCGUCAGCAGCGGAGCCGGUGGCAGCGGCUCCGGUGCUCCGUCGACUCCUGGAGCAUGCAAUUCCGACGGAACCGGCUCACCGGCCACCACUGGAAGCCCCGUUCCGCAGGAUUUAAUUAACAAUGACCGAGUGCGUUCGAUUAACUUUUAAAACCCAGUGAACCUUCGAACCUUCCUGAAACUUUUCUGGUUUUUAGGUCCGUUCUCUUGUGAACACUCAAACUGGCGAGUGGUCCGCGAUGGUUCGAAGACAUGACGAAGAGGAGUUCGAGCUGAAGAAGGGGCAGCUCAAAGAGCAAUUCGAUUUGCUCAAGUGAGCAUUUCUCUCUUCUUUUCCUAUUCGAACAUAACAAGUUUACAGAAAGCUGAUGACCGAAGCGCAGAAGAAUCAGAUGCAAGCGUUGAAAUUGCGACUUGAGGCCGAAGGGAAGGAUCUGAAGCAGUCGCAGACGAAGAAGAGUAUGGAGGACGCGAAGGUCAUUCAAUUGGUAAACGAUCCAGAAGAUCCUGUUAAUACAUUAGCAAUUCAGGACAAGGGCAUAAAGACGAAAGCGGAACGAGACCGUCGUGUCAAAGAAUUGAACGAGAAAAAUCUGAAAAUGUUUGUGGAGGAGAGAAGGCGAUUGGCGAUGAAGUAAGGAUACAAAGCUAGAGAAUCCAUACAAAUUCACACUUUCAGAGCUCAAAAGCACGAAGAGCAGCUCACGAAACGGCACCUCGAUCAGUUAGAGCAGCUGGAGAAGGAUUUCCAGAAGGCGUUGGAAGUUGAAGUGGCCAACUAUCGCGAGGAGCAACUCGCUGCUCAGCCCACUUCCGUCGUCUGA